AUGCUGGGGUUGUACCGCCCUAUAACAUCGUCGAGGAAUCAAGUUCUCUUCCUAGAUCGACCAAGAAAUAUCACGCUGAACCGUGACGACUCUGCUGCAGUGAAGAAGAAGAAGUUUGUUGCGAAUCGACUGGACCACCUUGCCCCACAUGUCUUGGAUAGGAUCUACCAGGUUUGCAUCAACAACGACGGCUCUUCGCCAAUCACAGCAUCUGAAUCGAUACUAGAUCCUCGAGCAUCAAGAAUUCUGCAAAUCGAAGAGGAGUCAGCACAGCGUAGUGACAAUCUGCACCAAAACGCGUCAAGGCGAGGAGCCGCUGCUUCUGAGGACUCUUCUGAUGGAGAGGACGAAGAUGAACCCUGGUCAAACCAUGGUAAUAUGCAAAUUACUCUGCACAUUGCCAACCAAGAUGAGGUGAUCCACUUCUUGAAAAUGCGUUUCACACAAAUCCAGCAGCUUGCAACCAAGGUCAUCGCCAAGGCAUGGAUCAAGGCCAUCUGCCCAAAGAAGCAAGCCAACUUUCCCUACGUGGAUAGCAACCCAAGAGCAGACCAGAGUCAGAAGCGACGUCGACCACGCCCUGACGGUCCAAGGAUCCCACUGUUCUGGCCUGAUGUUGAUUUGUGUCGACACAAAGAACCUGACCAUACAAGGAAGACGGAGCGUACUUACCUCUUAGUCCACCUGCUCAGGCUGCAUUGGACCGAGCAAGAGUGGAUCCAAUCCAAUGGCAAAGGGUCAGAAGUUCCUCAGAAGAUCAAAGACCGCAAUUGGGUUGGAUUUCUGAAAGAUGCUUUCCCAGUCAACAAGCUGGAGGAGGUGCAAGGUAGCAACCCAGACAAAGCAGCCAUGCGAAGAAGAUACCUGAACCAGAUCUACAGAGUAGCCGAAGAUGAGCAGAUGCUACGUCACAGAAUGGGUCCGCCAAAUCAGAAAAGAAGCUUCACUGCUGGUGCUGGUUGGGUUCCAGCAGGCUCUCAAGCUGUAGCAUCUGUGAGCCAGAGCGACCAACCAGACAGUGAGGACGAAGAAGACUCGCCUGCUGUUCGUUCAUCCACAAUGGCGUGCACAAAUUCUCUCUCGGAAACCUAUGCCAUGUCACCAAAAUCCGAGGAACAAGCAGACGACCUUGGAUCGGCAUCUUCGUACUCGGAAGUCAAGCUACUCAAGGAGGCUGCUCUCGAGCGAAUGCCCUUCAACGGAUCCUUUCCCAGGGAGGAAGUCGCAGUGGCUGGACCCAGUUCCAGCCAAGGUCCAGACAUGAAGUUUGAUCCUGCAGAUGAGCCAAUGACAGCCCCCCUCGGAUCAGUGCCGGCCAGCGAGGAAAUGACUUGCUAUGGGCCGUCAUGGGGUGGCAGCACGGCGAUGGUCCAAAAAACACCAGAGGUAUAUCACCAACCUCAGUAUGCUGGUGCUCCAGGUCCAUGGUAUGGAGCUACAUCGAUGGGUCAUGGUCAAGGUCAGUUAGCCACUGCAGACGUCAGCAAUCAAGCUUGGGGCGAUUACCGCCACGGUUUUGUGCCAUUUCAAGCAGCGGCACUUCCUGGUAAAGUGAUGACCGGAGCAGUGUCCCACAAUACUGGGUUCGGAAACAUGCACCAGAUGGCCAUGCCGACGCCGUUUGUACAAACAGCAGUCACGGCGGCCAAUGAUAACCAACAGGCAAUGUACCAAGGCUCCAGGAUGCAUUACGCCCACGAUGGCUUCGAACAGCACGUUCAAGCUGGUUACACGGGUGCGCCGCACCAGGAGAUGUACACCGGCUGGCUCUGA